GUUCUGGGCCGGGUUGAUCGGCUCCUCGCUGGGUGGCGGGGCUGAUGCGGGGCGGGCCGGCGGUGCGAGGAUGACGGCGGAGCCGGGCGGCUCGGUGUCGGUGGUGGGGGACCCGCAACACGCGAACAAGCUGCUCAAGAGCCUCAGCUCCUUCCGUGAGGAUCCGCUCUUCUGCGACGCCGUGCUGGUGGUGGAGGGCGAGCGCAUCCCGGUGCAGAAGAACCUGCUGGCGGCCGCCAGCCCGUACGUCAGGGCAAAGUUGAAUUAUACAUCUCCAUCUUAUGGCUCAGAGUACAAAAUUGUCCUGGAUGGGAUUUCCGUUGCUGUUAUGCGGGAAUUGCUGGAUUAUAUGUUCAGUGGGCAGAUUAAGCUAAGUGAAGACACAAUUCAGGAUAUUGUGCAAGCUGCUGACCUCCUUCUCCUCACUGAUUUAAAAGCACUGUGUUGUGAAUUUUUGGAGGGCUGUAUUGCUCAUGAGAACUGUAUUGGCAUACGUGACUUUGCCUUGCACUAUUCUUUACAACAUGUAUACUACAUAGCAACAGAGUAUCUGGAAACACAUUUCCGUGAUGUCUCCCACACUGAGGAGUUCUUGGAACUUGGCCAUGAAAAGUUAAAGGAAAUAAUCUCUUUGGAAAAGUUGAAUGUGGGAAGUGAAAGAUACAUCUUUGAUGCAGUGGUGAAAUGGAUUUGCCAAGAUCCCGUGGUUCGAAAGGUUCACAUGAAAGACGUGAUGUCCGUGGUGUGGGUAAAUGGCCUGGAUCCUGGUUACCUGAGGGAACAAAUGCUGAAUGAACCUGUGGUGCGAGAGAUUGUGAAAGAGUGCACCAACAUUCCACUCAGUCAGAGAGAAGGAGAGGCUCAGCUCGCUACCUUCAAACCCCGAGGGUAUUCAGAAUGCAUAGUUACAGUGGGUGGAGAGGAAAGGAGCUCACGAAAGCCUACAGCUGUGAUGCGAUGCAUGUGUCCUUUAUAUGACCGCAACAGACAACUUUGGAUAGAAUUGGCACCAAUGAGUAUUCCGCGCAUAAACCAUGGAAUCAUGUCAGCAGAAGGGUACCUUUCGGUUCUGGGUGGUCAGGAUUCAGAUAAAGUGACUUUAAGUUCAGGAGAGCGAUAUGAUCCUGACACUAACUGCUGGAGUCCCAUUCCUUCAAUGAAUGAGGCAAGACACAACUUUGGAGUUGUGGCAAUAGAUGGAGUACUUUAUGUUCUGGGAGGUGAAGAUGGUGAAAAGGAGCUGUUAUCCAUGGAGGCCUAUGACAUUCACACGAAAACUUGGAUGAUGCAACCGAAUAUGACUAUGGUUCGAAAGAUUGGCUGCUAUGCAGCUAUGAAGAAAAAGAUCUACGCAAUGGGUGGUGGCUCAUAUGGAAAAUUAUUUGAGUCUGUUGAGUCUUAUGAUCCCAAGACCCAACAAUGGACGGCCAUCUGCCCUUUGAAAGAAAAGAGGUUUGGUGCUGUAGCGUGUGGUGUUGGCUUGGAGCUGUACGUCUUUGGUGGAGUUCGUAGUCGUGAAACUAUCAAUACAGAGAACACUGACAUGGUGACCUGCAAAUCGGAGUUUUAUCAUGAUCAUUUCAAAAGAUGGAUAUAUUUGAAUGACCAGACGCUCUGCAUCCCAACAAGCUCUUCUUUCGUAUAUGGUGCUGUGCCCCUUGGUGCCAGCAUUUAUGUUAUUGGAGAUCUGGACACAGGCACGCAGUAUGACUUUGUCAGAGAAUUUCGCAGAAGUACAGGAACCUGGCAUCACACCAAGCCAUUACUCCCUUCCGAUCUCCGUCGAACAGGUUGCGCAGCACUACGUAUUGCAAAUUGCAAGCUCUUCAAACUACAGUUACAGCAAGGUCUUUUCCGCAUACGCAUUCCCUCUGUAGGACCAAAUGGAACAUAAUACAAAUAGCCAGAGGGAACUCUAUUUAAGAACCAAACAUAUAUCACAUAAUAGAGGAUAAAGUUGCUAACUCCUUGUUACAAUUGGGUAAUGAUUAAUACUAUAUCCUGCAAGGGUAAAACAUUGGUACACAUUUUUAUGUGAUCCAGGGUAGUUAUGCUUGUUUUUCUUUAUUCUUUGAAGCCUCUGUCAUAGUAUUCCUAACUCAGUAGAAAUAAAACGACAAGACAUUAAUGAAUGGUAAAACCAAAACUUUAGCUUUCUGAAGUAAAACUUAAUCAUCAGCAUUAUAAUAUAAUCCUGAAUGGAUUUAUACUAGGUACAAUAUGAAAAGGAGAUGACAGCUUGAAAAAUGUAAAAAUGAUGUAGAAUUCUGGAGAGACACUUUCUCAGAAGGAUGAGCUCUGUUCUCAUGUUAAUGUGGUAAUUUCUACACACAUUUUUACCAUGUAAAGAAUAGUUUUAAAAGCUAUAUUGAUUAUUAACUUAUCUUAAAACCAGCAUCCACCUUGUGUUGGACCAUAGGACCCGAACAUCCAUGAUAAGGUGAAGAAACUAAUGGGUGAUCGAAAUGGCUACAGAGAUUUUAUUUCUGAGAAGAAUUGAAAUUAAAUUGGUGCACUUUAGACUAGCUCUAUCAUGGAGUGGGAUAAAGUUGUUAGCAUCACACCAAUGACUUACACUUGCAACUUAUUUCCACAGAUGAUAUUAAAAUGAAUAAUGAGUCAAUAGGAGAUGGUUACAACAGUCUUGUAAAGUUUCGGACUGCAUCCUGAACUUGAAAUAGUUUACAAUUGUUAUAUGAACAAGACUUUCUUCUUUCAACUUCCUGUUAAACAAGUUGUGUUGAA